GAUUGGCUAGAGCGGCCGAGGGAGGAAAAUGGCUGCGAAUUCUUCGGUAGUCUCGGUGGCAGCGGCCGCCACGACGGUGCCGGGCGUGUCCACUGUCGCGGAUUUCUCAGACUUGCGGGAAAUUAAAAAGCAGCUGCUGCUCAUCGCGGGCCUCACUCGGGAGCGGGGCCUGCUGCACAGCAGCAAAUGGUCUGCGGAGUUGGCCUUCUCUCUGCCCGCCUUGCCUUUGUCUGAGCUGCAGCCGCCGCCGCCUCUUACAGAGGAGGAUGCACAGGAUGUGGAUGCUUACACCCUGGCCAAGGCCUACUUUGACGUUAAAGAGUAUGACCGGGCAGCACAUUUCCUGCAUGGCUGUAAUAGCAAGAAAGCCUAUUUCCUGUACAUGUAUUCCAGAUACCUGUCUGGAGAGAAGAAGAAGGAUGACGAAACAGUCGAUAGCCUAGGACCCCUGGAAAAAGGACAAGUCAAAAAUGAGGCUCUCCGAGAACUGAGAGUGGAACUCAGCAGGAAGCACCAAGCUAGGGGACUUGAUGGGUUCGGCCUUUACCUGUAUGGGGUGGUGCUUCGGAAACUGGACUUAGUGAAAGAGGCUAUUGAUGUGUUUGUGGAGGCUACUCAUGUUCUGCCCUUGCACUGGGGGGCCUGGUUGGAGCUGUGUAACCUGAUCACAGACAAAGAGAUGCUGAAGUUCCUGUCUCUGCCUGACACGUGGAUGAAGGAGUUCUUCUUGGCUCACAUAUACACAGAAUUGCAGCUGAUAGAGGAGGCCCUGCAGAAGUACCAGCAUCUCAUCGACGUGGGCUUUUCCAAGAGCUCAUACAUCGUUUCCCAAAUCGCAGUUGCCUAUCACAAUAUCCGAGAUAUCGACAAAGCCCUUUCUAUUUUCAAUGAGCUGAGGAAACAAGAUCCUUACAGGAUUGAAAAUAUGGACACGUUCUCCAACCUUCUCUAUGUCAGGAGCAUGAAGUCUGAAUUGAGUUACCUGGCACAUAACCUCUGUGAGAUUGAUAAAUACCGAGUAGAGACGUGCUGUGUAAUUGGCAAUUAUUACAGCUUACGCUCCCAGCAUGAGAAAGCAGCGUUGUAUUUCCAGAGAGCCCUGAAAUUGAAUCCUAGGUACCUUGGGGCCUGGACGCUGAUGGGGCAUGAAUACAUGGAAAUGAAAAACACAUCUGCGGCUAUUCAGGCUUACCGACAUGCCAUUGAGGUCAACAAGAGAGACUACAGAGCUUGGUAUGGCCUUGGGCAGACCUACGAAAUCCUUAAGAUGCCGUUUUAUUGCCUUUAUUAUUAUAGACGGGCCCACCAGCUUCGUCCCAACGAUUCUCGUAUGCUGGUCGCCUUAGGAGAAUGUUAUGAGAAACUCAAUCAACUAGUGGAAGCCAAAAAGUGUUAUUGGAGAGCAUACGCUGUGGGAGAUGUGGAGAAAAUGGCUCUGGUGAAGCUGGCCAAGCUUCAUGAACAGUUGACUGAGUCAGAGCAGGCUGCCCAGUGUUACAUCAAAUACAUCCAAGAUAUCUAUUCCUGUGGGGAAACAGUGGAGCACUUAGAGGAGAGCACAGCCUUCCGCUACCUGGCCCAGUACUAUUUUAAGUGCAAGCUGUGGGAUGAAGCUUCAACUUGUGCCCAAAAAUGUUGUGCAUUCAAUGAUACCCGGGAAGAAGGUAAGGCCUUGCUCCGCCAGAUCCUACAGCUGAGGAACCAAGGGGAGACACCCACCUCUGACACGCCUGGUACCUUUUUCCUCCCUGCCUCACUGUCUGCAAACAACACUCCCACACGCAGAGUUUCUCCACUCAACCUGUCUUCAGUCACACCAUAGUUGACUACUCUCAAGUCAGACCAGUAUUAAACCUUACCUCCAGUAAAGAACAGCCACGUCUGUUCUCCCAAGGACCUAAGCUCUUCUCCUUUCUAUAGACAGAAACAGCCUGAGGGACAGCCUAUGGAGCCACCUUCAGAGGCAGGCAGAUAUAUGGCAGGGGACAGACUGUCUUCUGCCAGCCAACAACUCUUCCUUCUAUUCAGAAUGGCAGGUCUUGGCCUUCCUAGUCUCUCCACUGAAGCAAGGUUUCAGUGCUGCGAGUUGGGUGGGCAAGGAACAGAGCAAAGGUCAUCAUGCUUGUCCUCUGCAAGCAGGGAGGUUAGCUUUGAACAACGACUUUUUUUAAAGCAGGGUUUCUCUGUAGAGCCUAGCCUGGAGCUUUUCUGCCUCAGCCUCCCUAAUGACAGGAUUACAGGAAUAUGCCAUGAGGCAUGGCUAGAAUACCUUCCUUUUACUGACAGUCAGAGUUCUAAUGCCAGAGAUUAGGUUUAAAUUGAGUGGAGCUAUCUGUGAUCUUGUGGAGUUUUCAAAAGAAGCUGCCUAAAACCCUCCAAGUGAGAGUCUCAGUGAGCAUGAACUGGCUCACAUGAGGGCCAGCCAGCCACAGCUAUAUACCAGAUGAAAGCAACCCGAGGAGACAACUUCAUGGACAUUUUUGAAAGGAACUUUUUUACUUCAGAUAUUAAAGUUUAUGCUGGUAUCUUUUAGUAAA